UUUUUUUCCUUUUUAUCACUUUUCAUGACAGAACCAACACAAACACGUAGUAUAACGCUAUCAACGGUGAAAGGAACGCAAGUAGAAUGUAACGAAUUACCGUUUUAUGGUAAUUGUAGAGAUGUAGAAGAUUUCGAAAAAUUGAAUAGAGUGGGAGAAGGCACCUAUGGUGUUGUUUAUCGUGUAAGAGACACCAAAACAAAACAAAUUGUUGCCUUAAAAAAAAUUAGAAUGGAACGUGAGACCGACGGCAUGCCAGUAUCCAGUUUAAGAGAAAUUAGUAUUUUAAAAAGAAUGAAGCAUCAGAAUAUUGUUAAUGUUACAGACGUUGCUGUUGGACCUCGCUUAGAGUCUAUAUUUCUAGUCAUGGAGUACUGUGAACAAGAUUUGGGCAGUUUGUUAGAUAUGGUACCAACACCUUACUCAGCUUCAGAAAUUAAAUGUUUAAUGUUACAACUACUCAAAGGCUUAGAGUAUUGUCAUAGCCAUUCAAUCAUUCACAGAGAUUUGAAAAUGUCAAACUUAUUACUAACAUCUACCGGGUUACUUAAGAUUGCUGAUUUUGGAUUAGCUAGAACAUUAAGUUUACCAGGAAAGCCAAUGACACCCAAUGUAGUGACAUUAUGGUAUAGAGCUCCCGAAGUUUUAUUCGGCGAUACCAAUUACACAACCUCGAUUGAUUUAUGGUCGGCUGGAUGUAUCAUGGGCGAAUUGAUGCAACAUAAACCAUUAUUACCAGGAAACACAGAACAAGCCCAAUUAGAUUUAAUCGUAAAGCUUUUAGGCUCGCCUAACGAUUCCAUUUGGCCUGGAUUCAACAAAUUACCUUCAUCUAAAUUACUUGUAUUACCAAAGCAAACCUAUAACAGUAUUAAACAAGUCUUUCCAAGAUUUAGUGAGAAUACCUUGGGCUUGCUUGCUGGAUUACUGACAUAUAACCCUAAAACUAGACUGACCGUAAAACAGGCUUUAGCUCACCCUUAUUUCCAAGAAUCGCCUAGAGCGCAAGAUCCCUCGCUUUUACCAACUUAUCCAGAAGUUCGAAAUCAACUGGCCGAAAGAGAAAGGUAAGCGAUUUACAAACCACAGAUUAUUUUAUGUUUUGUUUUUUUUAAUCCUUGGUGAACGCCUCUUGAUAGCAAACGACGAGCACAUGAAGAAGAUCGCAAAAGAAGAAUAGCAAAAGAAGAUACCGAGACAUUGAAUAAUAAAAGAAAAAGAUGAUACAAGAAAAAAAAGACAUAUUGUACAUAACAAACAUAUUUUGGCUU